AUGAGUAAGGCAGGACCUGAUGAAGGUGGUGGUAUCAUCGAGAGCCACCCAGAGAAGCCACCAAAUGACAACGCACCCGGAGGUAUGAUGACAGGAGCCGGAUGGACAAAAGUCAGCUGUCCUUGCUGCGUGUCCGAACGGGUUGAGCCUCUGGUUCUGGUGAAACUUGGUGAGACGGUUCGUCCUGAGACCAAAAGAUGGCUCAUCAGAUUGAUUGGAGCUCCUCAGAAAGACGGAGGUGCAGCAUUACUGGCCCAUCCAGGUGAGGAUGUAACAGGUGACAUAAUCAUGGUCUCGGCCCCCAGAUGCACAUUGCUACAAGCAACCGAGGAGUUGGGUCUCUGUAAGACAUAUAACAAUGGCGAAAUGGAGACGUUCUCAUAUGACGACAGAGACAACUUUAGACACUCAGACAACAUGGACCUCUUCCUGACACUGGCUGAGAAACAAUACAUCGUGAAGUAUGAGCUGGAGAGUCUGCGUGCACGGAGAGAUGUUAGGAUCCCUGGUCUGGCUGACAAAUACACUCUACAGAACCGAGACAACAUCUGGCAGAAGAUGAGCUCAGCUGGCGUGGUUGUGGAUUCAUUCCCUCUUCAUAAUAAGGCAAAACUGAAAGGGCUCAGUAAAUCAUGGUACUCUGGAAGCCAACUGUCACAACCACUGGAUUCAGUCAAUGCAUAUUUUGGAAGCACAGUUGGGUAUUACUUCAGCUUCCUUGAUUUCUACACUUGGUCUCUGGUCCCACCGGCUAUCCUGGGCCUUUCCAUCACUUACUUCUCCAGUGAGGUUCAGAAGGAAGCGGUGGAGGCAGUGGCUGGCUCACAGGCUGAGGUUCACGAGGGGGAUGCUGGACUCGCCGUCAGUGGUCAUAUGAUUCAGGCUGUGUUCAGCAUGCUCUGGUCCACUGUCUUCAUGGAGCUGUGGAAGCGUCGCAGCUCCUCCACGUCUUACCGCUGGGGGACCCUCCACCUCGCUGAGCGCUUCGCUGAGCCUCGACCCGCUUUUCACGGUAGUCUCGGCGUGAACCCUGUCACUGGUCGCAUGGAGCCACUGUUUCCUGAAUGGCAGAGGGAUCUGCGGAUGGCGCUGGUCUCCAUCCCUGUGGUCAUACUGUUUCUGGGGAUGGUGGUCCUUGGUAUGCUGGUCUUCUAUUGGGGCGAGACCCAAGUGAUGUGGCUCCACGAGGAGUGGGACUCAAUGGUAUCUCAGACGUUGCUCUAUGCACCUUCUGUGCUUCACAUUGUCUACACCAAUGUGCUGGCUACAGUUUACAAAACGGUGGCACAGUCACUGACUGAAUUUGAGAACCACAGAGAAGAGUCCGCCUUCCAGAACCACCUAACAGCCAAAGUAUUGGUGUUCACAUUCUUCAACUACUUUGCAGUGCUCUUCCACAUUGCAUUUGUCAAGCACGAUGUGCCUUUGCUUCGCAAGCGCCUGGCCUCAUUGCUGAUCAUAACCCAGUUGGUGAACCAGGUGACUGAAGUGGUGGUACCCUUCCUGGUGGACCGUUUCAUUAGUGCUCCACACAGGACGGAGACUGAAGAUGACCCAGAGGAGGAUAAAUUUAGGAAUCAGAUCACCCUGCCAGUGUUCCCCGGCCUGUUUGCAGAGUACAUUGAGCUCCUGGUGCAGUUCGGCUAUCUGAGUCUUUUCUCGUGCAUCUACCCUCUGACGGCCGUUCUGCUGCUCAUCAACAACGUAACGGAGAUUCGCUCCGACGCCUACAAGAUCUGCAAACUCUUCCGCAAGCCGUUCUCCGCCCCCACGGCCAACAUGGGCGUGUGGCAGAUUGCGUUCGAGAUACUGAGUUACGUCGCGGUUGUGUCAAACUGCUGGCUGCUGACGCUGUCGCCACAGUUGCAGAGGAUGCGUCACGAGGGUCGCAUAAGCAACACCGACAUCGUGCUUUUUGCCAUUGUGGUCGAGCACAUUCUCAUCAUAGUCAAGCUGAUUGUGGCUGCCCUGAUUCCAGAUGAACCUGGUUGGAUCAGAAAAAAAAGAGCCCGCAUGCAGUACACAUCCAUGCAGGCAAUACGACGGCAGAUGGUCCCAUCUAGUUGUGAUGGGAAGGUGAGAGAAGCCCGCUUUACAAAGAUACAGUGUUUGAAAUUGUAG